AGAAAAAAACUCGUAGCAUAAAAUAUCAGAUCUCAACAACCCAAAAAAAAAAAAGAAAAUGGCAGGUUUAUACGACAAGCAGGCUGCUAUUUAUGUAGAUGCCAGGCCAACCUUUCCAAGUCAAUGGUUUUCGAUGCUAGCUUCUCUCACCCCUCAUCACUCUUUAGCUUGGGAUGCCGGCACCGGCAAUGGCCAGGCAGCUAUCAGCGUUGCAGAGCACUACAAGCAAGUGAUUGCGACUGAUAUAAGUGAAGAGCAAUUGAAGCAUUGUAUAGAGCACCCUCGAGUUCGAUACUUGCACACUUCAGCAUCAAUGUCAGAUGAUGAACUGGUGACCUUAAUCGGCGGUGACAAUUCGGUUGACCUAGUGACAGUCUCUGUAGCUGUGCAUUGGUUCGACCUGGAAAGAUUUUACUCUCAGGUGAAGCGUCUGCUGCGAAAGCCAGGAGGCGUGAUUGCAGUUUGGACAUAUAAUGUCAUCCAAGUUAACUCAGAAUUUGAUCCGCUCAUGUGGGCAUUCCACGAGAAAUCACUUCCUUUCCAGAAUCCGAAAGCAAAAUAUGCAUUUGAUUGUUACAGGACACUUCCAUUCCCUUUUGAAAGCGUAGGUGUGGGCUGUGAGGGGCAACCUGAGACACUGGAGAUGACAAAGGAGAUAUCGUUUCAGGGAUUUCUGGGACUUGUAAGAACAUGGUCAGCUGUGAAUAUUGCUAAGGAACAAGGCGUGGAUCUGUUGUCUGAAAAUGUUGUUAAGGAAUUUGAGAAGGCUUGGGGUGGCCCGGAAUUGGUCAGAACUGUCAUCUUCAAGACUUACAUGCUUGCAGGAAAAGUUAAUUAAGUUUUCACUUUCAAGUUUCAAAGCCUUUUUUUUUUUUUUUUUUCCAGUGUUGUUGCCUUUUAAUAAUUCUCAUUUUAGAUGUUUCUAACAUUUUCAAUGACAGUUCUGACGCCUAGAAAUAAUAAUUUUCAGUUA